AAUAAUUAAUGUAAAAAAAUUCAUAUAAAUAUUUUUUCAAAUAUUUAUUAGAUGAGCCUAGUGUCUUGGCUCCACGCCUCCGCCCCUUUCAUGGAUAAACGCGGAAUCCCUCCCAGUAAUGGAUAUAUUGAACAAUAAAGAAACAAAUGUUGUUAUCAAACUUAAUUAACUUCCCAAUUUGGACAGUUUUUACAUGCAUUCGUAUUUUUCGCCGUCCUCAUUCCCAUGCAUGGGAUGGGAAGUUUUUCUCCUCCUCUGUUUUUAUCCCUAUUCUUGAUCGUCCUUAUCCUCCUCUUAUCCUCAAACCUUUCCCUUUGCGGUCCUCUUUCCUUCCAUUCCAUAACCCCUAACUUCUCCGCUUCCUUCACCAAAUUCAUUGAUACUUCCGGCGCAUUCUUGUCCUCGGCUGACGCUACAUUCAGUGCCGCCGUAGCCAACGUCAGGCCGGAGGAACGUUCAUUCUACUUCGUCAUCUUCCAUACCAUUUCUCAUACCGUCGUUUGGGCCGCCAACCGCAACUUUCCCGUGUCAGACUCUGCUGAACUCCAUCUCUCCCGCCGUGGCCUUGCACUUUAUGAUGAUUCCGGCAGACCUAUCUGGUCAACUCCCUUGUUUACUUCGCCCAAUGUCUCCUCUGUUUCCUCCUUACAACUCCAAGAUUCUGGGAAUUUGGUUCUACUUGAUUCGUCAAAUAACUCUGUAUGGGAAAGCUUUGAUUACCCGACUGACACGAUGGUGGUUGGUCAACGGUUGCUCGUCGGGAGAUCAUUGGUCAGCUCGUUGAAGGACGGUGACCUGUCGUCAGUGGGGGACUACGAAUUCUCCGUCACAGAGAACGACGCCGUGUUUCUCUGGAGGAAGAUGGUUUACUGGAAAUUAUCCAUGUACGGCGGCGCGUUUCGAGACACAAACACGCGCGUGGAAUACGCAGAGCUAAGGAGAAACGGGAUUUUCCUCGUGGCAUCAAACGGAACAGAGAUUGUAAUACAAGUUACUCUCAUAAACUCUCCUACUGAUUUCAUGAUCCUGAAGAUGGGAAGCAAUGGCGCACUGAACACCAUGCUCUUGAACGGCGCUGGAAGUGAAGUCGGUGGAUUCAACGCACCGGCGGACCCUUGUUGGGCACCAUUCAUUUGCCAGAGCCUAGGAGUCUGCAAUAGCGGCAUGUGUUCUUGCCUGCCGGGAUUUCAUAGUUAUUCCACGUCAGACGGCGGUUGCGUCCCCUUAAACGGCAAGCUACCAUUGCCGGGGAACUCUUCUUCAUGUAAGAGUUCGACUGGAAGUAUUAUUUCGACCAUCUCGUAUUUAAAAUUGGGAAGCGGCAUGGACUACUUCACUAACGAAUUCAUUCACCCGCUGGAGCUUGAUACGAAUCUGUCCACCUGUGAAGAUAUCUGUUCGAGGAACUGUUCUUGCUUGGGAUUUUUUCACAGCCAAUCUUCAGGAUCUUGCUACAUGGUUCGAGAUUACCUAGGUUCAGUAAAGAAGAAAGUAACCUCCAAUGACCGUUUAGGUUAUAUAAAAUUGACCACGGAUCCGAAUCAGGAAAAUGGAAAGCGGAGAAUCCCGGUUUACGCUGCCGUGUUGGUACCAUUAGUCGUUGUUGCCUUAUUGGCCUUUUUAGUCGUCGUUUGGAAAAGGGGGAAAAAUUCCUGCAAGAUGAACGGAAUGUCAAACAGUUAUUCUUCUCAUUCCUGUUCUUCUGAGCUUGUCGGAUAUGCUUCACUCCCAGGGAUGCCAGUGAGUUUAGCUUACAAGCAUCUCACGGAUGCAACGGACAAUUUCGGGUCACAAAUUGGUUCAGGUGGAUUUGGGACAGUAUACAAAGGCAGUCUUCCCGACGGAACAGAGGUGGCAGUGAAGAAAAUGAGCCGACUGGGAGUACAAGGGAAGAGGGAGUUCUGCAGUGAGAUCGCGACCAUAGGGAAAAUCCAUCACAUCAAUCUGGUGAGACUCAAGGGAUUCUGCAUACACAGAGAUUCAAGAUUUCUAGUGUACGAGUAUAUGAACCGGAGUUCGCUGGAUCGAGCACUGUUCGGCAGGAAUGGAGGGGUCCCACUCCCAAACGUGUUGAAAUGGAAGGAAAGGGUCGAGAUUGCCAUCGGAACCGCACGUGGCCUGGCUUACUUGCACAGUGGGUGUGAACCCAAGAUCAUUCAUUGUGAUGUCAAGCCGGAAAACAUCCUCCUUCACUACCACAACUGCUUGCAAGUUAAGAUCUCAGAUUUUGGGCUGUCCAAGCUGAUGUCUUCAGAGCAAUCUAGCUGGUUCACUACAUUGAGAGGGACUAGAGGGUAUUUAGCUCCUGAGUGGCUGACAAACUCCUCCAUCACAGAGAAGACGGAUGUGUAUAGCUACGGGAUGGUGUUGCUGGAACUUGUGAGCGGCAAGAAGAAUUGUAGGGGUGAGGAGGAAGCUCGGUGGGAUUAUUUCCCCCUACUUGUCCUGGAGAUGCAUGAGGAAGAGAGGUACCUGGAGCUGGUGGAUCCGCAGCUGGCAGGGGAGGUACAGACCGAGGAAGUGGAGAAACUGGUCAGGGUGGCUCUCUGCUGUCUACAC